GGGGUCCGCGUUGGCCGCCGGCGGGGACCCAGUGCUGCCCCGCCGCGCCCGCCCGCCCCAUCGCACGCUGUUGUCAUGGAGGAGCCAAGAUGGCGGCGCUGGCCUACACCGGGGGCAAGCGGGAGAUCAACUACUACUUCAGCGUGAGGAGCGCCAAGGCGCUGGCGCUGGGCGCCGUCCUGCUCCUCACCGCCUGCCACGCCGCCUCCCGCCGCUACCGAGGUGGUGAUACAUGUGAGUAUCUUCUGUCCAGUGGGAGAUUUCUUGGAGAAAAAGUAUGGCAACCUCACAGUUGUAUGAUGCACAAGUAUAAAAAUAGUGAAGCAAAAAAUUGCCUCAUAGACAAACAUGUUGUAUUUAUAGGAGAUUCUAGAAUUCGACAGCUGUUCUAUUCAUUCAUAAAACUGAUAAAUCCUCAAGUCAAAGAAGAGGGAAUUAAGCAUGGAAAUAUCCCAUUUGAAGAUAAAUCUGCUUCAAUUAAAGUGGAUUUUCUGUGGUAUCCAGAAGUUAAUGGCUCUAUGAGGCAACGUAUCAAAUCUUGGGCUGAGGGUUCUGUGGCAAAACCCCAUAUAAUUGUAGUAGGAGCUGCCACGUGGUCUAUCAAGAUUCACAAUGGCAGCAAUGAAGCUCUUGCACAAUAUAAAAUCAAUAUCACUUCAAUUGCACCUCUUUUGGAAAAAUUAGCAAUAAGUAGUGAUGUUUACUGGGUCUUACAAGAUCCUGUUUACGAAGAUAUGCUGAGUGAAAGUCGGAAAAUGAUCACUAAUGAGAAAAUAGAUGCUUAUAAUGAAGCAGCUGUUCGUAUUCUGAACAGCAGCUCCCGAAAUUCCAAAGCUAAAGUGAAAGUGUUCAGUGUAUCAAAACUGAUAGCACAAGAAACUAUCAUGAAGUCUGCAGAUGGUCUGCAUCUCCCUGAAUCAAGCAGAGAUACAAAUGCAAUGAUUCUUAUGAAUGUCUACUGCAAUAAAAUAAUGAAGCCCAUUGAUGGCUCCUGCUGCCAGCCUCAGCCUCCUCUCACUCUGAUACAGAAGAUCGCUUUCUGUUUCUUUACUUUGUCCAUUUUUGGAUAUUUAAUUAUCAGCUUAAUUCAUCGGAAUAAUUAUCGGAAGAACAAAUCAUGCACUGAUUUGGAAAGUGGAGAGGAGAAGAAACCUGCCAUCAGCACACCUAACGUUUCUACUUUAGAGAUGCUCUUACACUGCUUUUGCAAACUUGGUCUAAUCAUGACCUAUUUUUAUCUGUGUGACAGAGCAAAUCUUUUCAUGAAGGAAAAUAAAUUUUACACACAUUCAUCUUUCUUCAUACCCAUCGUCUAUAUCUUGGUUUUGGGGGUAUUUUAUACUGAAAAUACCAAAGAGACUAAAGUGUUAAAUAGAGAACAGACUGAUGAAUGGAAGGGCUGGAUGCAACUUGUUAUUUUGGUUUAUCAUAUCUCUGGAGCAAGCACUUUUUUGCCUGUGUACAUGCACAUUCGAGUUCUGGUUGCUGCAUAUCUGUUUCAAACAGGUUAUGGGCACUUCUCGUAUUUUUGGAUAAAAGGGGACUUUGGUGUAUACAGAGUCUGUCAGGUUUUAUUUCGUCUCAAUUUCUUGGUUGUGGUACUGUGCAUAGUGAUGGACCGACCUUACCAAUUCUACUAUUUUGUGCCAUUAGUCACUGUCUGGUUUAUGAUCAUUUAUGCCACCUUAGCUGUAUGGCCUCAGAUUGUCCAGAAGAAAGCAAAUGGGAGCUGCCUGUGGCACUUUGGUUUACUGCUGAAACUGAUUUGCUUACUGACAUGUAUAUAUUUUCUGUCAUAUUCUCAGGGUGCAUUUGAGAAGAUAUUUUCAUUUUGGCCAUUGUCCAAGUGUUUUGAACUGAAUGGGACUGUCUAUGAAUGGUGGUUUAGGUGGAAGCUGGAUCGCUACGUGGUUUUUCAUGGGAUGCUGUUUGCUUUUAUUUAUCUGGCAUUGCAGAAACAUCAGAUGAUAUCAGAAGGAAAAGGAGAUCCUCUUUUCUCCAACAGAGUUUCAAAUGUUUUAUUAUUUAUUUCAAUUGUGUCUUUUUUGACCUACUCUAUUUGGGCUAGUAGCUGUAAAAACAAGACAGAGUGCAAUGAGCUACAUCCUUCUGUUUCUGUGGUGCAGAUUUUAGCUUUCAUCCUUAUCAGGAACAUUCCCGGAUAUGUCCGAUCUGUGUACAGCUCCUUCUUCGCCUGGUUCGGCAAAAUUUCUUUAGAGCUCUUCAUUUGCCAAUACCAUAUUUGGCUGGCAGCAGACACAAAGGGGAUCUUGGUGCUCAUUCCUGGAUAUCCAAUGUUUAACGUUCUUGUCAGCACUUUCAUAUUUGUGUGCGUGGCACAUGAGAUUUCUCAGAUCACUAAUGAUCUAGCACAGAUUGUGGUUCCUAAAGAUAACUCAACUCUGCUGAAAAGGUUGCUAUGCAUAGCUGGAUUUUUUUCUGGACUACACUUCUUCUCAGCAAUGCAAGAUCAGUCAAGGCAUUAACUUGGAAACUUUCUUCGGGUUUACUUUGUGUCUGCCUGAACAAAACUUCUCAACUGGAGGUACAAGAAGACAUUUAAAUUAAACGCGUGGAAAAUGUAUAUAGUGGAAAUGUACAUAUUUUGUGUGGAAAUAGCCUUCUCAAAUAAUCUGAGAAACAAGAGUGCACUGUACAGAAUUGCAUGUGAAAAUGAGUCUUUUCUACUGGAUGUUUGUUUCUGUUUACAUAUCUGUUGAAGCGAGGCGGAGGCAGUGCGGUGGUUGAGCAGCACC